AUGAAAGUACCAGACUAUUAUGGUCAGCAGAUCACCAAGUGCUCCACUGAACUUGACAAGAAACGCACCAUCCGCAGCGUUCUUGAGGAACUUAACCGUGUAGAUCAUACGCCCUUGGACAUCAGUAAAUACCGAAAUGUUCUCUAUAAUUUAGCUGGCCUUGUGAAGAUACAAGGUCCUGAUGCAAUGGAGAGAUAUGCUCCGGAGAUUGUCGAACUCUUGAAGGAGUCGGCAGACACGCCAUUUGAAUACCUGGUAGAUAUGCUGAAGGAGGCUGACCAUGACAUAAAUCUGGCCAGAGAAAUCUCAAAAUAUAUUCCUAAGUUCUGUUGGACAGUGACAGAUGGGCAAGUACAAGCAGCAGCACGUCUUCUACGUUACAACUGCCCCACUCGUCUGAUCAUUGAUAUUGUGGGUGACCCAAAUCAGGUGGUACAGCUUGAGAGCCUACUGGAGGCUGUGUCUAGGUGCAAUUGUUCAGUACAAUUGUACCUGCACCAUCACUGGCGCCACCCACAAGCCGGCCUCUCUGACUCCUUCAUCCAUGUCCUGGCAAAUGGCAGACGGAUGGCCAUCACAUCCACAAAAUAUAACCCUGCUGGAUCACAAAAUGACCUGGACACACACAGGUCACGUGAUGACCUAAAACCUGCUGGCUCAGGUCAUGGGUCACAGGAUGAACUACUUACAGAUGACCUGCACUCCCUAACCCCUGUUGGGUCAGGUCAUGGGUCACAGGAUGACCUGCACUGGCUAAACCCUGUUGGGUCAGGUCACAGUUCACAGGAUGAUCAACAUGCACCAACUUCUGAUGCAUCAGGUCACGAAUCACAGGAUGAUCAACUAGCAGCAACCUCUGCUGGCUCAGGUCAUGGGUCACAGGAUGAUCAACAUGCACCAACCUCUGCUGGCUCAGGUCAUGGGUCAAAUAAUGAUAUUAAUACAUUAUACCAUGCUACUGCUUUAACUGCCUGGUCACAAGCUGAUCUUCAAGCACUUCACACUUAUUCCAUGGAUGACCUCGUCACGAGUCAAAACCCCAUCCAGGGUCAACAACCUCUACAAAUAAGGAGCCGCCUGACGGAGGUGAUGGGCCACCUAGGGGUGCUGGCAGCAAAGAACCUCCCCAGCACUAUAAGGGAGCUACAUUUGUCUCUCGCUGAUGACCACCAAGUCUCCUCCUGGAGCAAGAUGAUACCAACCCUCACCACCCGCUUUCCAGACCUCCGCCACAUCUGGAUUCACCUGGUGGUGGGGAUCUCAACGAAAUUGCUACCGAAACUACCACGUCUGCGAUACCGCCCGCACCUCUACCUCUCGGGUGUGGGUGAUGGAGACAUUGAGUGGGCAUGUAAAUCUGCCCGAGCCCUCCUGCCUGCAGAGUCGAAGUUUGCAAGCAUCUGUCUGGCAAGAAGUGAGAUAACAGAGCAUGGGAUGGAGGAGCUGGUUCAUGGCCUACAGCACCUGAAAGUUGGGGUGUACAAGGGAAAGGGCGGCGGCCUGCUGGUUGCAUCCCCGGCAUUGAAUAGCGAUACCCACAUUCGGAUCUCUAGCCUUGUCCUAAGCAAGCUCAACUGUCUUUUUUUUGAGGUAGACAACGAAGAGAUCUGGUAUGAUGAAUCGGCCUAUGAGCGGUGUUAUGAAUAUGAUAAACUAAUGUUAAACAAACUGCUGGCCCCGUCUCAAUUGUGUAUCAAUGAUCCUACGCGUGCAUCAGGUAUACAGGACCACCAGUGUUCGGCAGAAUAUAUAUACGCACGUCAACUUAGACACACACACUCAGGCAAACAACGUAUGACUUCCAAAAUGGACUCGGUGUAUGAGGUUAUUGAAGAGCUUCCGUCAUUAUUUCCCAAGAAAGCUUCGUAUUGUAAUUAUAUUACAAAGGAACUGAAUGGACAAGCACCAAGGCCACCAAAACCCUUGCCACGACCACCUAACACAACAGGAGCACAACAUUACCAGUCUUACAAUGCAUGGAAUGCCGGCAACCCACAUCAAACAUCAAGGCAGUCAUUGAAGGAAUGCAAGCAUGAAAGAAAUGAGUGUAGGAAGGACUUGGUUCAUUCUCAUGAUAAUGCAUGCAUUCCACAUACAUGUAUUGGAAAAAAAAAUUUGUGUUGUACCUCUGAUAUUCCACUCUCAAUUAACAUCUGCUUUGGCUCUUCUGCUGCUAGGAAUUGUCGUCAUUGUGUUGAUCGUGACAAGUGUGGCUCUCGUGAAGACAGAUGUGGUCACCACUGCCACUUCUCUAGGUGUCAUGAUCACCAUUCUUCUAGAACUAACUGCAAUGCUCCCAGAUCUGAUAAUGCUCACAUUACAGGUACUCCCAAACCAGAAUAUUAUUUUCCCAGACCCAAACAUCACAUUCAUAGAAAACGUUGUCCUAGUCCUACACACAACUCUCGUUCGUGUACUGUGCUAUAAUGUAGGGCAUGAAGUACAGGACAGGAAUACCCGUUUUCAGCACAUUCUUCAUCAAUACUGUACGUGUGGGUAAUGUUUAGAAUCCAAUGGUACGAUAUCCAGACAAAUAUAUUACCUUUUCAGAUACUUCCAGCAAUAUUCAACUAAAAAUUACAUAUAUACAGUACAGAUAUAUACAUGUGUAUACACAUUGGUGUACUUAUAUUGGCAAUAGGUUUUCAUUUAGACAUGUUUCAUAAACUAUGACUGCAUAUUCCAUUUUGAAUUAUAUAUACAAGAGUUGUUACAUUCUUGUACAGCCACUAGUACGCGUAGCGUUUCGGGCAGGUCCCUGGAAUACGAUCCCCUGCCACGAAGAAUCGUUUUUUCAUCCAACUACACAUUUUACUGU